GCGAAAAAGACGCAAAACAAUGCCAUAAGCAGGAGAACCUGCAGAGGUUAUACCUGCAUCAGCACUCCACGAGCACCUUCUCUACUGAAGUCUGGGGACUCGUGCAAGCACUUGGAAGUGGGAACAUAGGUAGCAAACAAGACUCAAUGACAAAAGCUCAGCCUCAGGGGUGGCAGCCUGGCGGCCUUGCAGGACGCUUUUGACCUUGUAUUCAGUAAGAAUAAUCCCAGAUUUGAAAGGUAAAGUAGCAAUGGCUCUGGUUGUCUGACAGAUACAGCGUAGAUAAAAUGGAUGAGAAAAGCUUGCGGCUAUGGGUAAGCGAUCAGUUGUAUUCCCUGCUGGGGUAUGCAGAAGCCAAUUUGGAAGCCUACAUCAUCACACUAGCCAAGCGUGCUUCGUCCUCAGAGGCGCUGGCCGGUCUGCUUGCGGGCCAACUGGGUGAUGGCAAGGUCACGCCCAGUGAAGUGGCUCAGUUUGCUCAGGCGCUGUAUGACAACGUUCCGCACAAGGGGCCAGCCCGCAAGGCUUAUCAGGAGGAGGUCCGUGUAGCAGCCGAGUACGCUCGUAAGCAGCAGCGGUAUGCGCUCAUUGAGGCUGACCCUGACGAGGAUGCGGACGUGCCUUCCACCAGCGCGCCUGCUCCGGAGCCGGCUGGUGGAAGUAGCAGGAGGGGUAGCAAGCAGAAGAAGCAUUUGAGGAAGAAAAAGGGGUCCGACGAUGAUGCGGGCAGCAGCGAUGAUGGGGUGGUGCGGCCGGCCCCAAAACGUAGCCGGCGAAGGGGGGAUGCGAGCGAAGAGGAAGAUGACGAGGAACGAGAACGGAGGGCGGAGAGGGAGCGGGACCAGGCGGAGAGGGCCGACUUUGAGGACCGGCUUCGGGAGAAAGACGAGGCGAGCACGAAGAAGGUGGUGGAACCGAAGCUGAGCAAGGCGCAGCGUGCGGAGGCGGAGAAGCGGGCCAAGGGGGAGGCAGACCGGGAAAUGGUGCCCAGUCUGCGGGACGUGUCGCGGCAGGAGUACCUGGCGAAGCGAGAGGCACAGAAGCUAGCGGAGCUGCGGGACGAGCUGCUGGACGCAGAGAUGCUGUUCAAGGGGGUGAAGCUGACGCGGGCGGAAGAGGCAGAGCUGGCGUACAAGCGGCAAGUGUACCAGCUGGCACUGCAAAGGGCGGCAAAGCUGGAGGAGAAAGAGGACGGGUACCACAUGCCCACCGCAUACGAUGAGGACAAGAUGGGCCACGUAAAGCGGUUUGACGUGGCGCUGGACCGGUACAAGGAGCCAGAGACGGACGCCGCGACGCCGUGGGCGGAGCAGGACACGUGGGAGAAGAAGCAGCUGGGGAAUGCCACGCUCACUUUUGGCGCCAAGGACCGGAAGCAGGCGGGGGAGGAGUACGAGUACGUGUUUGAGGACCAGAUCGACUUCAUCCAGAGUGAGCUGCUGGCGGGCGCGGACGAGGGGGAGGAGCCGGAGGACCUGAAGAAGGAGGCGGCGUCGCAGGCGCGUACGGCGCACGAGAAGAUGCAGGAAGGGCGCAAGCAGCUGCCAAUGUUCGUGUACCGGGAGGAGCUGCUGAAGGCGAUUGCGGAUCACCAGGUGUUGGUGAUUGUCGGGGAGACGGGGUCCGGGAAGACGACGCAGAUCCCGCAGUACCUGCACGAAGAGGGGUACACGAAGCGGGGCAAGGUGGGGUGCACACAGCCGCGGCGCGUGGCGGCGAUGAGCGUGGCUGCGCGCGUGGCGGAGGAGGUGGGGUGCAAGCUGGGCAACGAGGUCGGGUACAGCAUCCGUUUCGAGGACUGCACGAGUGACAAGACGGUGAUCAAGUACAUGACGGACGGCAUGCUGCUGCGCGAGUUCCUGGGGGAGCCGGACCUGGCCAGCUACUCCGUCAUGAUGAUCGACGAGGCGCAUGAGCGCACACUGCACACCGACAUCCUCUUUGGACUCGUCAAGGACAUUGCCCGCUUCCGCCCCGACAUCAAGCUACUCAUCUCCAGUGCCACGCUAGACGCCGAAAAGUUCUCGGAGUACUUUGACGGCGCGCCCAUCUUUCGCAUCCCCGGGCGGCGUUAUCCGGUGGACAUCCUGUACACGAAAGCACCUGAAGCGGACUACCUGGAUGCGGCGGUGGUCACUGUGCUGCAGAUCCACGUCACGCAGCCUGCAGGGGAUGUCCUGGUAUUCUUCACGGGCCAGGAGGAGAUCGAGGCGGCGGAGGAGAUCUUGAAGGGCCGCCUGCGCGGCCUGGGCACCAAGGUGGCGGAGCUGCUGAUCUGCCCCAUCUACGCCAACCUGCCGUCCGACCUGCAGGCCAAGAUCUUCGAGCCGACGCCCGAGGGCGCGCGCAAGGUCGUGCUGGCCACCAACAUCGCGGAGACGAGCCUCACCAUCGACGGCAUCAAGUACGUCAUCGACCCCGGCUUCUGCAAGCAGAAGAGCUACAACCCCAAGAGCGGCAUGGAGAGCCUCAUCGUCACGCCCAUCUCCAAGGCGUCCGCCAACCAGAGGGCAGGCCGGGCAGGCCGCACGUCCCCCGGCAAGUGUUUCCGGCUGUACACGGCGUGGUCGUACCAGCACGAGCUGGACGACAACACGGUCCCCGAGAUCCAGCGCACCAACCUGGGCAACGUGGUGCUCAUGCUCAAGUCGCUCGGCAUCAACGACCUGCUCAACUUCGACUUCAUGGACCCGCCCCCCGCCGAGACGCUCCUCAAGGCGCUCGAGCAGCUGUACGCGCUCGGCGCGCUCAACGACCGCGGCGAGCUGACCAAGAUGGGCCGCCGCAUGGCGGAGUUCCCAGUGGACCCCAUGCUGGCCAAGAUGCUGAUCGCGUCCGAGAAGUACGGCUGCGUCGACGAGACCGUCAGCGUGGCCGCCAUGCUCAGCGUCGGGAACGCCAUCUUCUACCGGCCAAAGGACAAGCAGGUGCACGCGGACAACGCUCGCGCCAACUUCAACAUGGGCAACGUGGGCGACCACCUGGCGCUGCUGAACGUGUACCGCAGCUGGGCGGAGACCAACUUCAGCACGCAGUGGUGCUUCGAGAACUUCGUGCAGCCGCGCAGCAUGAAGCGCGCGCGCGACAUCCGCGACCAGCUGGAGGGCCUCAUGGAGCGGGUCGAGAUCGAGAUCGUGAGCAACCCGGGCGAUCUGGACGCCAUCAAGAAGACCAUCGCGGCCGGCUUUUUUUACCACACCGCCAAACUGCAGAAGACGGGCGCGUACCGCACUGUCAAGAACCCACAGACCGUGUUCAUUCAUCCGAGUUCGGGGCUGGCGGAGGUGCUGCCGCGGUGGGUUGUGUACCACGAGCUAGUGUACACCACUAAGGAGUACAUGCGCAACGUGAUUGAGAUCAAGCCCGAUUGGCUGGUCGAGAUCGCACCGCACUACUACAAGCUCAAGGACGUCGAAGACGCCGCAGGGCACAAGAUGCCCAAGGGCAAGGGCAGGGCCGCUCUCGACGGCUAGAGCCGACACUGUGCGCGCAGGACAAAGAGGGUCAACUUAUCAGGACAGCUCGCGUGGCUUCAACUUUUAGGUGUUUCACCAACUCCGAUUGUGCUGUUAGUGAGAUGCUUGCUGAGCAUUAAAAGCCAUAGGGACUGGAUCUGAUGCGGAACCCGAAGUGUUGCCGUUGUAAGCCGGAGCUCUGAUCCAACCUUUAGAACGAUGCUCAAAAAAGUUUCUCUAAAAUAGCGGAGACCCGGACGAUGUAAGAACGGUUAACCUAGGUCUGUAGAAAGGACGAGGGUCGCAGCGCUCCCUCGAGGCUCAGUCAAGGAGUCCCCAAAAUUCUAGCCCAAGCCCAAGUGGCCUGGGGCUAGCUUGUCACGAACUGAACUUACUCGCAAGGAAUCUCUUUCGAGGGCAUGUGCUAGUACGAUAGGAAGAUCAACCUCUAGAUACAUCGCCUGCAUGCCAGGCUUGUGAUGGGCGAC